UUUUUUUUUUAUGUUCUGUCGGACUUAAUGAUAGAUAAAUAAAUAAUAGUCAUAUGUACAAAUGUUUAUUUUAUCGAAAAUAGAAUUUAAUCGUUAAAUUGAUUUUUGUGUUUAAAUUCAUAUUCCCACAGAUACAAUUGCAUUAUUAAUCAAUGAUUGUAAUUAAGGGAUGUUAAAAGGUUUUUCGAAUUGUUGUUUAUAUUUCCGGUGAAUCAGAAAGUACAUGAAUGUUCGUUUACUCAUGCCUAUAUCUUAUUUCCUUGCUCGAAUAUAUUGUACCUAAUUGUUAGUUAUUCGGUAUUUUAAUUUUGUGAUAAGGCAAAUAUCAAAGUUCAAUUGAAACAAAGCAAAAAAAAUCACGUCAGGGUGUCUUGAGUAGAUUGAAAACAAUUACAAAGUUUUGAUUUUCUGCCUUGAGUUUCAAGCCUUCGUUUUUGAUAAAAAUUGUCCUCAACAAACGUCGUUUUGUUUCGCGUUGUCGUAUCGGUCGGUUGCUUCAUGUAAACUCAACGACAAACUUAUAGUUAAAAAAGAUAUAAGAAUUCUCUUAUUUCUGAGAAAGUGUUGCCAAGAAAAAAGAAAAAUAAAUAAAUAAAUUUCUUUCACCAAACCAAACAAACGACGACAGCGACUACGGCUACAAGUGAACCCCUUUUUCACUUCUUAAAUCACGAUUUGUUAUUUAGUGUGUUUAUUUGCAUUGAGCAAGCGUGAAGUAUCUGUAUCUUUUCUCUUGUGCAGUGAAAUACAAAAGAAAGGAAAAAUAUAAAAAAUAAAAGAUUCAAACAAAAAAAUAACGAGUUUUCUCCUCGUCAUCAUCGUCAUCUUCAGCCAGCUGAUAUUUAUCUUUUUUUUUCUUCGAAUUGGAUUUCUAUAAAUGUCUUGAAAAAAGAAGUGGAAGAAAAAAAAAUUAUAUUGGAAGACUAUUAGCCGCUUUAAUUGCCACAAUUUCAAUGCGUCUCACGUGCAGAUCAUUUAAUUUUAUAAGGUUACAAUAAUAACUAACUAACAACAAACAAACAAACAAAAAACCAUCAAAAUGGAUCUAACAACAUGUAUAAAACAAUCAAAAGAUGUGGAAUUUCAAGAUGUCUACUACACAGUUACCGAACGUAAAAACUAUUUUAAAGUGACAGGAACGCGUAGCAUUCUUCGUGGAGUGAGUGGUGCAUUUCGCAAUGGCGAGCUGUCAGCUAUUAUGGGGCCAUCUGGUGCAGGAAAAAGCAGUUUAUUGAAUGCAAUAUCAGGAUUCAGCACAUCGGGCGUCACCGGACACAUAAAAAUAAAUCGCAAAGACUCUUGUUACAUAACUCAAGAUGACAGCCAUCACACAUUACUUACCGUACAGGAGCUCAUGAAUCUCGCUUGUGAUCUUAAGCUUAAAAAUCGUCAAGGCUAUCGCGAAUUAGUUACAGAAAUCCUUGAAAAUCUCCAUUUAAAUCAUCGUCGUAAUACAACAUCAAAUCAUUUGAGCGGUGGCGAACGUAAACGCCUCUCUAUUGCCCUCGAAUUGGUGGCAAAUCCAAAUAUAUUCUUUUUGGAUGAGCCAACAAGUGGUUUAGAUGAAGUGACAGCCGCACAAUGUAUUCGCUUGCUAAGCCGAUUAGCUAGAGAAGGCCGAACUAUUGUUUGUACAAUACAUCAGCCUUCAGCAACGAUAUUAAGUUAUUUUGAUAAUAUUUUUGUACUUGCCAAAGGACAAUGUGUCUAUCAGGGUACUCCGUCGGCGAUCAUUCCAUUUUUGGGACACAUUAAUCUCACAUGUCCAAUGUAUUAUAGCCCUUCGGAUUACAUUAUUGAACUUUGUGAUUCCGAUGAUGGUAAUCUCAUUCCAACUUUAGCCGAAGUUACACAAAAUGGCAAACUUAUGUACUCAACCACAACACCAAAUUCUCUGCCCUUCGAAAAAAGCGAACAAACCGAAAUGAUAUUUCGAAAUGCCGUCACAACUAUGUUUAUUGAAGAAAAGACUAAACGAAGAAUGCUACCAUGCUGUUCAUUAGAUCGAGAUGCUGCCUUUGCGAUAGUUGAAAAAAUGAAAGCAUUUUCGAAAAGAAUUCGAACGGAUAGAGAGAAGAUAUCGUCGUUUAGACAAUUCUAUGUUUUGUUGAAUGUAAUGAUGUUGAAAAUUCUACGCGCACGUAUUGCAUUGCUAAUUCAAAUUGUUCAUCAUGUUAUGUGUGGAUUGUGUUUCGGCAUUAUAUUUUACAAAUCAGCAAAUGAGGGCGAAAGAAUGUUUGACCAUUUAAAGUUCUGCAUUGGUACCAUAUUGACAAUAGUUUAUACACAAGUAAUGGUACCGAUUUUGAGUUAUCCGGGCGAUGUUAAAAUGGUGAAAAAGGAAACAUUUAAUCGAUGGUACACAUUGCCUCCAUACUAUAUGGCAUUGACACUGUCCCGAAUUCCUGUUCAAAUAAUUUUGAAUAUAGUUUUCCUCUCAUUGACUUAUUGGAUGGCUGGCAUGCCGCCUCAAAUCUGGCGUUUUUGUUUAUUUGCAUUGGUCGGUAUUGUAACAUCUCUUGUUGCCGAAGGAAUGGGUUUAUGGAUUGGUGCUACAUUUAGUAUAACAAAUGGAUCAGCUGUCGGACCAAUGAUGAUUGCACCAUUUAUGGGACUUGCUAUUUAUGGCUUUGAUUUUGCUAGCGAAAUACCAACAUAUAUGAAUAUUAUUAUGAAAUUUUCAUAUAUUCGAGUUGGUGCUGUUUCACUUAUACUUUCUGUAUUUGGAUUUAAUCGUGAAGAAUUGACAUGUAAAGAUUUCUAUUGUCAUUUUGGUGAUCCGAAAGUGCUGUUGAGAUUUUUACAAAUGGAUAAAGUUUCAAUUAUACAUGAAUUUGGAUAUCUUAUGGUUUUAAUGGUGUUCUUUAGAACUUUACUUUAUAUAAGUUUAAGAAAACGUUGUAAAACUUAAAAAUGUAUGGUGAAUUUUUUUUUUUAUAUUAUUAUUAUAUAGUUUUAAAAUUUUAUUAUUUUUGUUUAAUUUAAGUAUAAAGCAUUCUGCCUGUGAUAAGAUUUUCUUA